CACAAAACGAGGACGUGAGAGAAUAGGCCAGCAAACAGACGUAUCUGGGACCAGAAAAACAAUCGCCAAAAUGUCGAACCCCCGCGUUGAAGAACUUCCCGAUGAGGAGCCCAAGAAGACCACCGUCCAGGAGCACGAGGAUGACUCCAGCGACGACUCCGAGGUUGAGGAGGUCGGCGAGGGCCAGCUCCCCGCUGGCUCUACUGUGAUCCACAACCGCAACGAGAAGAAGGCUCGCAAGGCCCUUGAGAAGCUGCACCUCACCCGCAUCCCUGGCAUCACCCGUGUCACUCUCCGCCGUCCCAAGAACAUCCUCUUCGUUAUCAACACCCCCGAGGUUUACAAGUCCCCCAACAGCAACACCUACAUUGUCUUCGGUGAGGCUAAGAUUGAGGACGUCAACGCCGCUGCUCAACAAGCUGCUGCUGCCCAGCUCGCUUCUCAGAACGCUGAGGACCACUCUGGUCACAACCACGGCGAGCCCAGCAAGGCUGUUGAGGCCGACGAGAAGAAGGAGGAUAAGGAAGACGACGAGGACGAGGAAGAGGAGGAGGAGGAGGAGGUCGACGCCUCUGGACUCGAGGAUAAGGACAUCGAGCUUGUCAUGACCCAAGCCAAUGUCAGCCGAAACAAGGCUGUCAAGGCAUUGAAGGAGAACGACAACGAUAUUGUCAAUUCCAUCAUGGCUCUAAGUAUCUAGGCAUGAGUUUUUGACCGGACGAUCUUCCACAAAAGCAUGUGCAUGGUACGAACACUGGGCUCUGUAUUAGUUCUGGGCGAACUGUACUCUGCGGAAUGGAGUUGAUGUCAAACAACGGAAAAGAAUCAAAGGGAAAACACCCACAUCCGUCAAACAUUACUUCAUCAUUGCUUGCGUAAUAUUGUGCUGCUAGACCCAAG